AUGAACCCAAGCCGCAGCAGCGGGUCGGUGGCCGCAACGUCGCCCGGGCGGUCGGAGCCGCUCUCGCCGUCGCCCAAGAAGAAAAAGGUGUUUACCGUCGCGCGGCCGUUCCCGUCGCCGCUGGACUUUGUACCGACGCACGAUGCAUCCGCGGUCGACGAGCGCAAGGCCGCGCUCAAGGCUCAAGUCCGGCGCGACGCCCAUGGCAAAGUCAAGUUGCACUCGGCGCUUGGGACGCAGGACGACGUCGAGCACUUUAGCGAGUACCUCACGGCACCGAUCCAAGGCGGCGCCAAGGGCAUCCGGUCCGGGCUCAAGCGCAAUGGGAGCAACACGGGCUUGGGGCGAGGCCCUAGCAACAAGAGCCUCCUCGGCAACGAGACAUCGCGAUCGCGCGCGUCCACCGACACGAGCAACUACACGAGUAACAACAACAACAACACCCACAACGCGAGCUGGUCGUCGCUGCCAGCGCUGCAGACACCGACCGAGAGCUCGCCCGCUGCGAUUGUCCAGCGCACCCAGCUCAUCGAGUACAAGAAGAAGCUGCGGCAAAUGCCUAUCCACGAGCGCAUUGCGAUGGCGCGCGAGAAGAACGUGUUGUUGAUCUGGGAAAAGCGCAACCGCGAGUGGGAGCAGUUCAAGGCCAAGAUUGCGCACAAGCUGCACAAGUCCCAAGACGACCUCGUUAUGAGCAAGGCAGGCGAGUACCGGCAGCAAAUGGAAGAGUAUGACCUCAUCAACAAGGCAACACCGCAAGUCGAAAAGCACGGCAAUGACUAUUGGACCGUGAGCUUGCGCGACGAAGGCACGCGCUUCGUGCCUGUCGGGAACGUCUUUAGCGGGCUCUUCUGCCCUAUCAAGGAAGACAAGAAGCCAUACUCGGAAACGAUUCGCCGCCCGUUUGACCACCCUCGCAGCGAGCACACCGUCAAGCCGAACGACCCGCUCGCGCUGCGAAAGCGACAGCUUCGGAAAACAUUCAAGCCCUUCGCCCGCACGUCAUUGACAGUCACCACUGGGCUCAAGGUCGAGUCCAUCGACCUCUUUGCAUGGGCGGCGUCGUCGUCGCAGCACUACUACGAUGCUCUCCUGAGUCUUGAGCGCAGCCAGCCUGCGUCCGUCGCAAAUCUGCACCCGGACACACCGAGCCUCUCGCGUGCCAACUCGCAGCUCGCCCAUGUGCCGACGGGCCGGGCGCCCUUGUCCCGCCGCAUUGAAGGCCCGUGCAUUCAAUUUCUGGCCCAUGCAGGCGGGGACCCGAUCCAAGACGAGGUGAUGCUGGCGUUCCAUACACCCAUUCGCGCCGUGCAGUCGUUGCCCGUACACAUCUCCAACCCGAGCACAUAUACGGUGCAGUUUCGCUGGACGCAGUACGGACCCUCGCACCGCGACUUUGCUCCAAAGGCUGCGGGUCUCUCGCCGCGCACCUUUGUGUCCCACGCGCAAGGGUUUCUCUUGCCGGGCGAGGUCCGGACCUUGCAGUUUGGCUUUGCGUCGUCCAUCUCGAUUGACCCGUCGCUGCCCGACAACAACACGGUCCUGUACGCCUCGGAGCACGUCGUGCGUCUCAAUUGCAUGGCCAUCGACAACCGAGCGCCCGUCCACACAAGGGCGUUGAUCGAGAGAGCGAUGGAGACGCGCGCCGUGCCCUCGAUGGUCGAGACGCUUGUCCGAGACAUCCUUGGCAACAUCGAGUAUCCCGAGAAAAUCAAAGUUGACGACGUAGCCGAGGACAGGCGUGCCGUGUUCGAGUCCACGAACGGCCGAUUCUGUGCCCACUACGACCCCGAGAUCGUCGCCCAAAUGCACCUUCUCUACGACCGGGCGCAGAAUCUUGUUCUUGCGGAUGCCCAAGCCAAACUCGUGACGCCAACGAACGACGCCACGUCGCCGCGGAAUGUGGCGCCGCCUCUGGACACGCCGGCGUGGGACGGCGCCUUCCAAACGCUACGAGCGAUGACCAAGGCCGCCGACGUCAUUUCGGAAGCCGCUGCGAUUGCGGCGGCGGCCGAAGAAGCCGCGCGCAAGGCGGCCGCGGGCGACGACGAAGACGACGACGAGGAUGACGAGAACAACAAGUCCUCGACGCCGAAUUACAAGCCGGUCUUCCAAAUCACAUGCUGCGAGCUCGAGCUGCUCGCGCAGUUUCGACCGCACGACGGCGCCUUCUUGCAGGCGCAGCUCAGCGACCGCUUUGCGUGUCUCUGCAGUGAGAUUCCGGUUGUGAGCUCGAUUCUCAAGCACGAGUCGUCGGGCGAUGCUUUUUACGACGAGCUGUAUGCCCAAGGGCGCGCGUUCAUGGCCCAAGCCGUCGACGAAAGCGUCGCCGCCACCAUCGCCUUUGAAUUGGAGCAAACAACUUCAGCGCUGAAGCGGGACAAGCUUUGGCUGGGGUCGGUCGCCACCGCCUAUCCGGCGCCGAGCCCAAGCGACGACCGCACGGUCUUGCUGUACGUCGACUUGGACGUGGCGCACUGCUUUACUGUGCGCGCGCGGGAGCCCAUCGUCGGUACCGAGACUGACGUCGGCACCGAGUGGGGCUGGAUCGACGGCAUCGACACCUUCAUCCCGCACAAGAUUCGCGCCGUGGCCACGUGGCUCGCGUCCCUCUGUGAAGCGCACGAAGCCGCGUACGACAACUCGCGCGAUGUCACGGUGACACUGGUUCUCGUCACUCGUAUGAGCAACGCGCGCGUGAUCAAAGACAAGAAGGGCAAGAAGCGCAAGCAGGCGCCACUCGCCGCGCCCGACGACGCGACUCCGUCCACGGCGCUGGUGGCGCAAAAGCUUCAAGAGACGCUUGGGCGACCUGUCGAGUACCUCUCGCACAUGGAGAGUUUGCACGACCGCUUGCGAAAGCCACCGCCGUCCUUGUCGUCGACGCCGUCCACCGCGUUCGUGACGCCGAGUGCGAGCCCCACACCUGGCGCAGAGCCAAAUCCGUCGCCCGAGCUGACGCCUCCGCCGUCGCUCCAGGUCCACAUCGUGCUCAUGGAGCACAUGGAGCUGCUCUUGCACCCACCGCCCCGACCGGACCCCAUCGUUGUCGACGACGCCAAAGUGGCCAAAGAGGACGCGAAAGCCAAAGCGCCGGCCAAGAAAGGCAAGGCCAAAGACAAGGAAGACGACGAGAAGAAGACGGCGGCUGUCGUGACGCCCAGCGUCCUCUUGGUGCGCGAGGCCCCCGUCUACGCGUCCGACGACGCCAAGAUCGACGCGGUAUUCAGCGGCACGUACGCCGACGUCGUCUCGGAAGGGUUUCGAUCGCUCGUGGACGUGACGGCCAUCAACUCGUUUGGCGGCGACGACUGGAGAAGCAUUUUGGCGCUGCCUGCGACGCCCUUUGUCGGGCCGGCGCUCGCGACAGAGAUGCAUCGUCUCGCACCGCUGCUGCAGCCGUUCGAGAGCCGCGUCCGUCAUGACGGCACGCGCCUCGUUGUCGUCCUUGGCGGCAAAUCGCUCGUCUCCAAGCUGUGGCUACUGGACUACCUCUUGGAGAUUGCCGAUGCCAUCUACUUGGUGGGCGGCGUCGCCGUCAGCGUCUUGCGGUUCCUAACGGCGCCCAAGGCCAUACAAAAGACGCUGUCGCUGCCAAAUGAGCCAGGCUUGACGCUGCGUGUGCUCGACCGCGUCCGGAGCAAGGCCCGUCGCCGUCUCGUGCCGCUGCUGGUACCCAAAGACUUUCUUGUCGGCGACGGUCCGAUCGAGCCAGAAGUCGACAACGACGACGACGGUGCGACGCCCGGCGACGACGCCCAAGGGCGCAACACAGCACGUGGUGACGACGACGACGACGAUGCGGAUGACGCGGACGACGACGAUGACGACGGCGACGAGGAAGACGAGGAAGAGGAGGAAGAGACCCCGAAAAAGAAGAAGAAGAAAAAGACACCUGCACCCGUCGCCGUCCCUGACGUCGUCGUCGUCAACGAACCCGACGAGCCAUGUGACAGUCGCCCGACUUUGCCGUUUGAAGGCACGACAUUGCACGUGCAACACCUGGAUUUGGACGAAGACGACGCGACGGCGUGGCUCCCGCUCGACAACAUGACGCCGGACAUGCUCGCCUCGUCGUUCCAAGCCGUGCUAGCGAAUGACGGCACACCGUUGCCGCUGCCGUCGACAUGGAUCCAGCGCGUCUAUGACGUUGGUCCGCGCUCCGUCGCGAGUUUAAUCGAUCGCCUUGGUGCCCCCAACGACCCCGUCAUUGUCGCCGGCCUUCCAGGGAUUGUCGAGUGCCGGGACUUCCAAGAGAGCACGACGGCGCUUCUGUCGGCUUUGAAGCCCAAGAAGGACCUCGUUGUUGUCGCGGGCAGCACGACGGCCCACUGGUUGUGGCAGCUCGACACGGACGAAAGCAGUCUCAAGCUCAUUGAUCCGUCAUCGACGCGUAGCCGGGGCGUCCUCUCCUACUACGUGGCCGGGCAACGCCACCCGGCCCUCGCCGCGUUGCAGCGCAGACAGUCGUCCAUUUCUGGCGACAAGCAGGAAAACAUGUAAACAAAAUUGCAUUGUAUGAUUCCCAA